UUAGCCAGUUAGGGUGUAUUCUGUAAAAGAGUGUCCAAGAACGGUGCCGCUGAAGGCUAUUCGGCUCGCUGCUCCUCGCUUCCCUGUAGGAUUCUCACGCGCCCUAGUUUCUUGCCCGAUUCUUGGGCCUGGUCGAGCGCCGCGAUGCCAGAUAACCGGGAGCUGUACAAGACGAAGCUGUGCAAUCUCUUCCAGAGAGGGAAUUGCCAUCGGCAGACAUGCUCCUUCGCCCACGGGGAGGAAGAGCUCCGCCGGGUGCCUGGUCGAUCGGGAUAUUACAGCCGCAGAAGCGAGGACCGCUUCUACAACAGGCGCACCUACGACAGGAGGGGCUCUUACGAUCGAGGAGGUAGCCGCUCGAGGUCGCCGACUAGGCAGCGAACCAGUCGGUCCUUAUCGUCUCCAAGAUCUACGGGACAAAAGAGAUCGGGCUCGAACCUAGAUAGAGAUGGCGAUGGAAAGAGGAUCAAGGGCGAUCGUGUGAGCGAGCUGUCGGAGGUGAGGGCGCUCGGGGACGGUCAGUCCGAUGGAAAAGAGGUGCAAUCCAGCUCUCUAAACGAGCAGCUGCAUGAGGUCGGGACUGACUUGGACGCCCUCGACAAGCAGAAGUCGCAGCUCGAGUCUUCUUUGCAGAACGCUUUGCUAGAGAACUCGCGGAUGGCAUCCAGGAAUUCGGAAGCCGAGUCAAAGAUCGGUAACCUGACCUUCCAAGUGAAGAGCUUUGAAAGGCUCCGAAAGUCAAUUGUACGUGUCUUCCGUCUUCGCGAGGAGCUCAAAAUGGCGGAAUCGAGGCUGGACAAAGAAGCUUCGGAGCUGGCUAGAAGUGAAGACAUCAGGAUGUUUGAUCCGCCGUAUGAUGGAGACUAUUCCAACCAUAGCAGAUGGAAUCGCUCGAACGGAGAUAUACCACCACCACCUCCUCCACCGGACAAAUACAGGAUGAAUGAUAUUGCUCCCGAACCUCCCCAUUAUGAUAACCAUUGACUCUGUGACUGCACUGAAGAUUUCUUUUAUUUUAUACUGAUUAUCACACUUUGCUUUGGCGAAAAUUUUCCCUUUAUCGAUGCUGUUUUGCAGCUUCUCUUGAAAUUUGUAUAAAAAUAUGGAGCUGCGUUUAUUUC